AUGUCGGGCGGUGAAAUGAAGAUCGAGCUGAUAGAAGAUGCUGUUCCGUUUGCCAUCUCUGCGGCUCGGAACAUCCCGUUCUGCUGGCGUGAGGAAGUCAAGAAGCAGCUCGAUGACCUCCAAGAGAAGGGCAUCAUAGAGCCGGUCUACCAUCCGACUGAAUGGUGUCAUCCACUGGUUCCAGUCCCCAAGAGGUCGGCGGACGGAUCAGUCUCUGGAUGCAGACUCACAGUGGACUUCACCAAGCUGAACAAGUUUGUGAAGAGGCCGACACAUCCUGUACGAGGGACCCACGACGCCGUUGCAUCAAUCGAAAUCGGCGCUCGCUUCUUCACGAAGAUAGACAGCAAAGCCGGCUAUCACCAAGUCCCAAUAAGACGAGAAGACCAGGACCUGACGACGUUCAUGACGCCCUGGGGGCGUUACCGCUACCGACGCGCCGUGAUGGGCCUCAUCUCCAGCGGCGACGUCUACAACCAGCGUGGAGAUCAAGUCCUGGGUGACAUCCCACGAACAUGCAAGGUGGUGGACGACGUCCUGGCCUGGGACAACGACUACAACGAGCACAUCAAGCACGUCUGGAAGAUCCUGCAGCGAUACAACGACAACGACAUCACGUUGAACGGCGACAAGUUCGUCUUCGGCGCCGAUCACGUCGAGUUCUGCGGAUAUGAGAUCAGUGCGGACGGCUACAAACCAGACCAGAAAAAGACGAGGGCGAUCGCAGAGUUCCCACAGCCGGAGUGCAUCACGGACCUUCGGUCGUUCCUGGGUCUCAAUGCAUGGGUCUGGUCUGAAGAGCACACCACCGCCUUCAACAACGUGAAGAAGCGCCUGGUGUCACCACCAGUGUUGGGAUUCUUUGAUCCAACACGACGAACCGUGCUGGAGACCGACGCCGCCAGACUGAAGGGCCUCGGUUUCUGCCUUCGUCAGCAGGAUGAUCAGGGCCACUGGAAGCUCAUUCAGUGCGGCUCCCGCUUCCUGAGUGAGACGGAGUCUCGCUACGCUACGAUUGAAGUGGAGCUGCUGGCGCUGACAUGGGCGGCGAAGAAGUGUUCCACCUACCUCAAGGGGAUGCAGAGCUUCGAGGUGCUGACGGACCACCGUCCUUUGGCCCCCAUCCUCAACAAGAAGUCUGUGCAAGACAUCGAGAACCCUCGUCUGCAGCGACUCCGAGAACUGCUGAUGCCGUACAACUUCACCGCCACCUGGCGCAAGGGAGCACAGCACCGCGUCCCAGAUGCCCUCUCCAGGCAUCCUGUGGAUCCACCCAGCUCAUCUGAUGAAGACGUGACGCUGCAAAUUGGAAGUCUGGUCACACGGAUUGUGGCUGAAGCUGAGGGCGAAGACGGAGGAAGACCCUCACCGUUUGAAGACGCCACACUGACAGCGAUACGGGCAGCAUCUGAACGCGAUCCUGAGCUUCAAGCCCUGAAGGACGUCAUCAUGAAUGGGUUUCCGGACCAGAAGGCUGACACCGACGCUCAGGUCCGCCCAUCGCUCCGCAAGAACGUGCUGCAGAGCCUGCAUGCGUCACACCAGGGCGAAGUCCGCACGAAGACGAGAGCAAGGCAGACAGAGUACUGGCCUGGUAUCAACCAGGACGUCACCAACGUCAUCAAGACCUGUGCAGCGUGUCGCACACACCAGACAGCACAGCAGAAAGAGCCCAUCCUGCAGGAACAGACACCAGCUCGUGUGUUCGAGGCAGCAUCAGCCGAUUUCUUCCAGUACGCCGGGCAUACAUACCUGGGCUACGUGGAUCGUCUCUCCGGAUGGCCGUGUGUGAGUGACAUGUCACACCAAGCCACUGCCAAGAAUUUCAUCACAGCUCUACGCGAGAUGUUCAGCUACACCGGCGUUCCAGUCGUCCUCCGAACUGAUGGUGGACCACAGUUCACUGCCGGUCUCACCAGACGCUUCCUGGAGAAGUGGGGUGUAAAGCACCAGAUCUCGUCACCCCACUACCCGCAAGCGAACGGUCACGCUGAGGCAGCGGUGAAAGCUGUGAAGCGCCUGAUAAAGAGGACCACAGCAGACGGACGCCUGGACUGCGAUUCGUUCGCAGAAGGCCUGCUCGAGCUUCGGAACGCGCCUCGUUCCGACGGCCGAUCAGCUUCUCAAGUUCUCUUCGGGCACCUGCUCCAUUCUACUGUUCCUGCCCACCACCGCGCGUUCGACCGGCGCUGGCAGCUGCUCGCCGAUGAGUGCGACGCGCGUGCAACAGAAGAGAAGCUGAAAACGGCAGAGAGGUACGACUCUACCGCUAGGUCUCUGCCCAGCCUCCGGAUGGGUCAGCAAGCCCUGAUACGAGACGCCCACACUGGACUCUGGGACCGGACUGGCGUCAUCUGCGGAGUCGACAGCUUCAGGAGCUUCUUCGUUCGGCUCCCGAGCGGCCGGCUGUACUGGAGAAACCGCCGUUUUCUCCGUCCUGUCCGGCCUCUCAUCACUGAACAGCGGGCGACGUCACACACGCCGUUGCCAGAGUCUCCAGUACAACAGCAGCGACAGCAGCCGCAAAUGCAGGAGCAGUCGCAGCAGAAACGACGGCAGCAGCCACAACAGCCGCCGAACCGGCAGCGGUCGUCGCCACAGCCAGGGCAACAGCACCCUCGUCAAGAGCCGCGGCCACCACCUCUUCAGGAGCGGUCUCGACGGCAGCCUCAUCAGCGACAGUCUGCUGGUUCACCCCGACAGCGACAGGAGGAUCUGUCCCAGCCGACGUCAGCUGAGGGUCGCUCUAUCACCGAGACCAGCCCCGUGACGUCCAAAGCCCCCCGUCGGAGCACCCGCGUGCACUACAGGCCCCAACGUUUGCAAGUACGGUGGGGCACGUGCUCAUACUCGUGA